AGCACUGCCUCGUCAGCUCCCACUACUUUAUAUAUCACCUCCCCGGAUCGAUUAUUCGAUCCAACAUUCUCACAUCCUCUCUACAAUGGCUUCCUGGAGCAACGACUACUGCCUCUCGUGCGACCGCCAGAUGUCUGAGCCUUCUGCGUACUGCAGCCAGGCGUGUAGGCUAGCAGAUCUGGAGAAGGCUGGUCGCACCCAAACGUCACAACUCUCUUCCUCGGCCUCGUCCACAUCAAGUUCCAGCAACGGCUUCUACCUCCCACCCGCAGUCAACUUCUCGGCGUACAAGGCGCCAUCAAGGUCCAAAGGAUUCGAUGUUGCACCAGCCGGCCCUUACCACUACUAUCCGACUGCCAACGGCUCCUACUUCGCACCACCCACAGCAGCACCAAGGCCAGCAGCACCACAGCGAAGCCUGACUCCUUCUUCGUCAAGGUCAUCACUUGCAUCAGCCUCGUCACAGACCCAAGCCGGCGUCUCGCAACAGGCGGCAAGUCAGCUGAACAGCUACAUGCGAUCGUUCGACCAAACACGAGACCUCAAGCGAAGGUACACCCAGUACUAGACGACGUCCUACUCCGGACUGAACGAUCAUGACCAGCAGGCGUUGUCACUUUUUCUGCUUAUUCUCACCUGCAUUGUGUCUGGCAGUUGCCCGCACAAAGCCCGGCGUGGCUCACGGAGUUUCUUACUGCAUACCACCGGAAGCGUCAGCACUACGUUUCGCACAUGUACUUUCUCAUAUGUUCACGCUGUUACAUGUUCGGCGGUGUACGACUAAAAGCAUAACUGUCUCUUUACUGUUCGAUAUCACAUAGCUGCAGCAAGGGCUGCAUGGGUUCUAGGAAGCAUUCGCGGUCAGGUCAGGUCAGGUGAUUGGCGGCAUCACCUUUUAGCUUGGAAGCUUUUACGGAUGGAAAUUCAUCUCACUCUCAGGGACGUCGUUGAUGACGCGUCCGCAAUUCGUCUCAUACCAUAACUACGUAGUCGCUGCGGCGCCAUCAAAUGGAAGGAACGACCAGGCUCAGUGCCUGGCGAUAGCA